UGAAAAAGAGAAUAAACGGUUCUAAAACCCUAAAUCAAUCAAACAACUCUCAACAGCACUCCCGACUUCCCUAUCUUCGCCCACUCCGACGACUGAGCAGCGGCCAUACGGUGACUGAGCAGUGGCACCCUACUUUUUCCGUUCUCCAAUCAGUAUUUCCCCCUUCUUAUUUCUCUUCUUUUUAUUUUCUGUUCUUGCCUUCUACUACAAGAGAGAACAACGUUCCCUUGAGCCCCUUUUUCACCUUUGAAGGCAAGGUAAAUGGCAUAUAGAGGGCGUGGGAGGGGACGUGGAUUUCGAGGUGGAGGCGGUGGUAUUGGAUAUGCUAAGCAGGAGCCCUUCGUUUAUUUUCCGGACGUUGAACUGCCUGAUAUAAAAGGUGUGACUGUGGAAGAAAUGCUAGUCCGUCGAAGUCAGAAGUUGCUUAAUUAUUGGAAAGCCUCUCCUUACUACCUUGAGGCGACCAUUUCAAAGAUUUUUCAUCUUGUUUCAGAGGGACAGAAUGCAGAGAUAGAGAAGGUCUCUGACAGGAACAAAGUUGGUACCACAAUCAAACGAGAUUCUCUUUCGCAAAUUUUAGUGCACAAAAGUUUUCCCGUAGAACUAACUGAAGGUUCAAAGGGAUGGCAGAGUCAGCCUGGUCGAAAGAGAGUUCGGUGGAACCCUGAUUCUGAGUUGCAAAAAUUAGACAUAUUUGAAAAGCUUGAACAGCGUCAGGCACAAAAUGGCAGAGGAGAAAAGGAAAAGAAAGAAGGUGAAAAUGAGGAUGAGGAUGAAGAUGAAGAAAACGAAGAGACUGAAGAAGAGCCCAGUGAUGAUGAUGACUACAAUCAGAAUGUGGACUUUGACGAUGAUGAAGAUGAUUUUAACGCGGACGUUGACGGCGAAGAUGAAAUGACGUAUUAGUAAGCUCCAUGAAGAAUGUUUUGGAUUUUCGCCGCUGAUGUCUUGAAACGAGUUUUGUAGAUACCGGAUCCGUUUCCAACAUAAAAUAACUACCUUUUAUUUUCUUGUAAACCUGAUUUUAUUAUGCUCUUUUCAAAAGAGGCUUCAAAUAAUCAUCAAACGUAACCUUGCUUCUCUUUUUCUUUUCUUUUAUUUGUUUCCUUAUGGUAUUGCCUAUUUCUUGGGGAGGAAGGAAAAUGCCACAGAAAGUUAAAACCACUA